UGACGUCAAAUUAGCCUCUUCCGGUCUUGCUCGGCAGUAAACAUGGCGGCUGGCUAACGAUUUUGCUACAUGCAUUCAGUCCUGAAUACUUUGGAUUUAUCUUUCUUAGCGUACACAAUACGUUUCAAUUGACUUUUGAUACACAGAAGGGCGUGUGUAGGGCGUUGCGCUCUACGGGUUUUAUUUGAAUAAAAGGGUGAAGUAAACGAACCGACACAAUGGGGCGACGUUCAACCUCCUCCACCAAGAGUGGGAAGUUUAUGAAUCCCACCGACCAGGCCAGAAAGGAGGCCAGGAAAAGGGAGUUAAAAAAGAACAAGAAGCAGAGAAUGAUGGUGAGAGCGGCGGUGCUGAAGAUGAAGGACCCCAGACAGAUCAUCAGAGACAUGGAGAAGCUGGAUGAGAUGGAGUUCAACCCAGUUCAGCAGCCCUUGCUGAAUGAGAAAGUGCUGAGGGAUAAGAGGAAGAAGUUGCGUGAGACAUUUGAGCGCAUCGUCCGUCUGUACGAGAGAGAGAAUCCCGACACCUACAAGGAGCUACGUAAACUGGAGUUGGACUAUGAGACCAAACGGGGGCAGCUGGCUCUCUAUUUUGACUCAGUCAAGAAUGCCGAGUCAGUGGAGGUCGACAGUAUCCCUUUACCAGAUAUGCCUCACGCCCCCUCCAAUAUCCACAUCCAGGACAUCCCUCUACCAGGAGCUCAGCCUCCGUCCAUACUGAAGAAGAACGCCACUUUUGGUAAAGGACCUCUGUCGGCAUCUUCUGGACCCGUUGUGGCAACAGUGCCAGGCGUGCCACGUUUACCUCCAGGGAGGAAGCCCCCUGGACCCCCACCUGGGCCCCCACCUCCACAGGUCCUGGCACUGUACGGCAUUCCUGCUCGACGAGCUUUCGGCACAGACACCGAGCCUUCCAUUCCCGGUUUAGAAAAAGAGUUGGCGAUGGAGUUGGGAAGAGAUCGGGACAGCGGCAGUGAGAGCGACAGAGAUCGGGAUGAUGUGGAAGACGACGAAAGCGACUCCGAGGAGGACAGCGAAGAAGAGCGAGAUGAAGGGGGAGACGGUGACCAGAGAAUGAGUGUGGACAGGCAGGAUGAUGAGAGGGAAAGAGAGGAGGAUAGAGACCGAAAUGAAAGACAUGCUGGUCGCAGUGUACGUUUCGCAGACAUGCCUCCAGAGGCACCCCGUGACGGAAAGAAGAAGAAAAAGAGGGUGGUGAAGAAAACCAAGGCCAUUACCCCUCUGCAGGCCAUGAUGUUGAGGAUGGCAGGUCAGUCAAUUCCUGAAGACGAGGAAGAAGAAGAGGUAGAGGAGGAAUACACAGAUGAAUCAGACAACUCCGACAUCGAGGACAGGGGACCACCAGGGGAAAGUCAGCCCCACCUUAUGCCUAAUCAGCGUCUACCCCCUCCUGCUGGACCAGUGGGACCGCAAGGGCCUCCACACUUGCAAGGUCCACCAAUGACAGGGCCUCCACCACUGGGUCCACCCCCAAAUCCUCCCAUGAGGCCUCCUGGUCCACCCUCUGGCCCGCCUCCUGGCCCACCACCAGGUGCUCCUCCAUUCCUGAGGCCUCCUGGUAUACCUGGAGGCAUGAGGGGUCCAAUGCCUCGUCUUCUGCCUCCUGGACCGCCGCCAGGUCGGCCCCCAGGCCCCCCACCUGGUCCCCCUCCUGGUCUUCCACCAGGUCCCCCACCACGAGGACCACCUCCCAGACUACCACCCCCGGCACCACCAGGUAUCCCCCCUCCGCCCCCAAGAGCAGGAGGGCCCCCGCGUCCACUUGCCCCGCCACUCUCUCUCUUUCCUCCACCUCUCAACUCCAACGUGCUCAGUGCUCCUCCCAACAUUGUCCAGCGACAAAAAGGCUCAGGACCCAACCUGGAUGGCUCGCAGAACAACAUGCCACCCCCUGCCAUGCCCAUGCCCAUGUCCAUGCGACCGGGUGUCAUGCAGAUGCCUCCUCCUCCAGGGACUGCUUCCGCCAACACGGGUGUCAAUCCUGGCGGAAACCCCUCCAGCCACCACCACGCAGCCACCAUCGAAAAGCGAGCCAACAUCACAUCCGUCGCAGCAGCCGGGGGCAGCCUGGCAGCGGGUGCUGGCUCCGGUGGGGCCACCAUCUCGGCAAAACCUCAGAUUAUCAAUCCAAAAACGGAGGUCACCCGCUUCGUGCCCACGGCACUGAGGGUGCGUAGGGACAAGGGUGGAGCAAUGCCCGGGGCAGCAGCUGGGCCCCAUGAGAGGCUAGGAAGGAGGAAAGAUGAAAGCAUGUUAGGACAGGGGCAGAAACAGCAGGCAACAGCUGCUUCCAUGGGCUACGUCAACCCCUCCCAGAUGAGUGCUGUGUCUCAAUCCAACAUGAAGAGUAAGGACCAGAUGUAUGAAGCCUUUAUGAGGGAGAUGGAGGGACUCCUCUGAGACUCUGGAGGGUAUUGGGGCAGAUGUUCAGUGGGGGCGCUCUGAACAAAAGGAGUGUAUUUGUUUUCUGUGCAGAGUUCUAGACGUAGCUGUCUUCAAGGCAGUCAGCUAGAUGAGUUUCUCUUCAGUAAGCCAAGGAAAGGCUUCUACACUCAGCACUGGUCUCACCAGGCUCAUUUCAUUUGGACUUUUAUUUGUUGUUUUAAGGAGAAUGUGAAUUUGAUGUAUGUAAGAAAUCUGAUUAUGUGAACAUUUAGAUUGUUUGCUUUUAGGAGUCAACUAAAAAAAGAACACUAUUCUCUACAAUGAAAAAAAUCCAGAGACGACAAAGUGCUUUUUUGUUCUCCAGUCUGUUCAUUUUUUUUUUCCUACAACUGCGUUUUUCCUCCGGCCAAUUAUUUUGUGAUUUGUCAUGACCAGAAAAAGCAUUUUGUAUAAUUGUUAUUUUAUCUCCUAAACAUGUUGGACAUCAAAAUAAAGGUGUGGAAUGUUUUGUCAACCACUGACAAAAUACAUGUCUGAAACUGUUUGACCUGCAGCUAAAUAAAUACUUUUUACCUCA